AUGUCAGGGCUAGGCCCGCUUCGCCGCUGGAAGCGCUUCUUCUCGGCGUUCGGUCACAUCGACGCCGCCAUCGAAGCUGCCCACCCGUCCAUCUCCCGCGACGAGUUCCGGUCAUUAAGGGGCAGAAUCGUCGAGAUGCUGUGCGACGCCGAAGACGACGACGAGAGAGCGGAGCAGCUCUGCUUGGCUCUCGCCGGCGCGAUGGCGGAGUCCCUCGUCACGCUGCUGGAGGUGCCCGUGUCGUCGAGGGCGCUGGCAUCCGGCGACCUUGCUAAGUCCGUCUCCACCCUUGGGCAGCACGAGUCGGCCCGGAUCCGCAGCCUCACGCGCGACGUCAUGCGCCGGUGGCAGUUAGCCGUCGAGAGCGAACUGGACAGCGCCAUAGCAGCUAUGGAGGCCCUUAACAACCUGUCUCGUCUAAUGCCGCCCGAGAAAGAGAGACUCGCCUUCGUCCUCAACACCAAUGUGCCCGUCACCACCGGCAAAGAUGAGACGCGAAUCAAAGACACGCCAGACAAAUUUCCAUCCAAGAGGAUUCCCGUCGCCACCGGCAAAGACGAGACGCAAAUCAAAGACACGCCGGCCAAAUUUCCAUCCAAGAGGACUCCCGUCGCUGGCAGUAGUUGCAGUGAAUCCGACAAGAUGCUGGUUACCAAGCGUAAGCUCCGAGAGGGUUACCAGGAGGCCAAGAACGCCAAGAGUCAGCGCAAGAUCCGCGUCAUCGAGGACCCCAUGAUGUUAGAACAGCCGAAGCAGAAGAAAAUGCAUCCCAUCACACCACGGGAGAGUAUCCGAGCAAGAUGUGGGAGCCUAACCACCGUGAGGCGUUCUCUGAUGCCUUCCUUCAUGGUUUAG